AUGUCCUCAGCCUCCAGCGCCGAUGCUGCGGAUAUAUCCUUGGCUGCAGCCGUUGCGGCUCUGAGUGUCGAGUUUGUCGUACACCCAUUCGACACUCUCAUCACGCGUAUCCAAUCUCCCGAGUACAUACCCAAGUACAGAAGCCAUGAAGGCAAACUACAACCAGCCUUGUUCCGUGGUCUUUACCGCGGCAUAGCGCCAACAGUUAUCACAACUAUACCGGCUUCCGUCACAUUCUUCGGCAUCUAUGAGAAGGCGAAGACGACUCUGCAGCCGAAGGAAGGGCUGAAGCCAGGCAGCAUGGCUCAGGUAGCUGUGCAUGUUACGAGUAGUGCGCUGGCGGAUAUGGUUGCUUGUGCUAUCAUCAACCCUUCCGAAGUGCUCAAGCAAAAUGCUCAGGUGUCGAGGUUCUCUGAAGGUAGUGGGCAACGUUUUCCGGUCUUAUCCGCCUUAAAGCACUUCUCUCGACAACCCUUGAAAUUGUGGACUGGAUAUACCGUCCUGGUCGCAGGCAAUCUUCCGCGCACGAGUCUCACAUUCUCGAUUUACGAAUACCUCAAAGCUACAUGGUUAAAAAGACUGGACAAAUCGCCAAGUAUCACUGAGCAGGUCAAGGUGAGUGGUAUCACGGCUGGUAUCGGAGGCGCCAUCGCAUCUUUACUCUUCGUCCCCAUCGAUGUGGUAAAGACAAGAAUGCGUCUCCCCGAAAAGGCUCCUCCUAGCCAUCCAUUACAGCCAGAAUCGCUAUUCACGUCAACGCUGAGUCGGGAAAAGGCUCGAAAGCCUGCAGCAAGUGGACCUAUUUCGAUUGCAAAGGGCAUUUUGGUUAGGGAUGGAGUUUCUGGGCUGUUUCGAGGAGCUACUGUGACUUGCAUAGCCGCUGCUGUGGGAAAUGGUUUAUUCUUGGGAUGCUAUGAGGGGUUGAAGCUAUAUUAUGCCAAGGAACCAUCAAGUCCAGAGCUUCUUCAGUUGUAG